GUAUCCCCACAACUCCUCGCACAAUCCCUUCUCGCGCUGUUCAGCCAAGCUGUCCUCCUUAUCACCUUAACUCAUACCUUAUCUGACUACUCGCUCACGGCACCAUGCCGCCGAAGGCUCGCGCUCCUCUGCCCCCCGGUGAUGCCGCUCGCGGCGAGAAGCUCUUCAAGGGCCGUGCGGCCCAGUGCCACACCGCCAGCCAGGGUGGUGCGAACGGCGUGGGGCCGAACCUGUGGGGCCUCGUCGGUCGCCACUCCGGUACGGUCGAGGGCUUCGCGUACAGCAAGGCCAACGCCGAGUCCGGCGUCGUCUGGACUCCGGAGGUGCUGGACGUGUACCUGGAGAACCCGAAGAAGUUCAUGCCGGGCACGAAGAUGUCGUUUGCCGGCAUGAAGAAGCCGCAGGAGCGCGCCGACGUCAUUGCGUACCUGGAGACUCUCAAGGGCUGAAGCGCUCUGAUGCAUGUACUGACACCUGUUCGAUAGGAGUCUUGCGGGGUCACACACACGUGCAAACGCGCAUACAAGCCCGUGACUUUGUGUGCCCAUGCGAAGCGUAUAAGUAAUCUAGAACAAUUGGAAAAGGGGAAGAGUCAAGAGAGAAGGAGAAGCAGCGCACGCAGGCCUCUUCAUGCAUCACAAAUUAGCUACGCGUGAAGAACGCGUGUCUCUCUCUCUCUUCGGGGCAACGCGGCACGAACUUAGUUUUGAAAAGUUGGAUGUCUUCUUUGUAGUAUUAUUUCGACUAUCUCCCGUUUCCUCCUCCUUACAUCCCCUCUGGUUAUUCGGUGACGUCGUACUCAUCUACUUAAUUCGCCUUCCCGCACAGCAUCGGACGUACGCACACCGCAAACGUGGGGGGGGGGGACUCAUGUUGUUGUUGUUUUGCGGUGUUGGCCACGACCUUCCGAAGCGCGCUGUUUCUUGCUCUUAUUCUGGGCGUUUUUGUUUGUCGCGGUGGUUUGUGCGGUCUCGCCGGGUCCCAUCGUCGGUGCACGCGUGUGAACAGUGGAGGCGCUCUUCUGGACUGCUGGACGUGAGGGCCACACGUGAUGGACGAGGGGCACAAACAGCCGACGGUGAAGAGCGCUUCAACAGAAAACGAGAGGGGUGGGACGGGAGAUGUUGA